AUGAGAGGAGAUGCCUCACAUGCAGACAUUCUUCGCCACAAGCCAGCAGCAUUCUCCAUCGCAGCUGCUUCGACCGCUUCGAAAGUGACUCCGCAAGAGACUUUUCGCGCUUCUGCUGCCAUGCAACUUCAAGUCCCGCAGUCUUUCUCCAGAGGAGCGCGCGAUUUUGCGGCCUUGGCGGGAUCAUCCACAGCGACGAGGACGCCAGGCUACUGGAAAUGGCAAGGAAAGGUCAAGCGUCCGUACUUUGGCGUGCAUAAGGACAAGACGGGCUACAACACCCUUCCGUCGCAUCACCAGCUCAUUCGCGGUGCGCAAGAUGCAGCUGGCAGCUCGCGAAAUGUGCACGACUCGCCGCGAGCCUCGCCAUCGCCGCAGCAGCAGCAGCCGCACGAUUCGGCUUCGUCACACUCGCUCGCUUCGUCUUGGGAUUUGUCCGAUCUCGACGAUUGGACUAGUGUCUCUUCGCUGCACAAAAGGGCCAAAAUGAAGUCACUCGAGCAGAUUGCGCAUCAGUUGAAUCACGGGACUGCAUCGCUCGGCAAGACUACGCCGCCGCUACUCGGUGGCAGUCUCAGUCGCAAGGCAUCUCUGCUCAGCGACACGAAGACAUCGGCCGAUGACGCUAAAGCGGAAUUUCAAGCGCUUGCACCAUUGGUGCAAGAGCACAUCGCAAAGGUCGGCGCGCAGCCGCACGACAUUGUGCCAGGAACAUUUCGCAACAUGCGAGACAUGUACAAGCGCAAGUAUUCCGACUUUGGACCUGAUACUUCUUUCAGCGUCGCGUCGCAACGACGAUACCUGAAGCACAUUGCAAGACCCGAUCUCCUCGAGCUGUUUUCGCCCGACUUGCGACACAACAAUCUUGGGCCCGUUCGCAAGCUCGCCUUUGGGGAAGGCAGUCGCAGCUCGCGCUGGAGGCAGCGCAUAGAGCUGAAAGCUGGUGGCUACAAUGCCGAUGGGGUGCACGUCGUCGUGCCUUAUCAAGGCAAGAACCACAUACGAAAAUCCUACACGCCUCGCGCAGAUGGCGAAAACCAGCGUAGACUCAUGCAGUCGCUGCAGAGAGAAGGCGACAACAUUCGACGCUUUGGAAUCGUUCAAGGCACUGCACGCAAGCUCUUCAAGGGUAUGAAAACGGACAUUGCCAAGGCGGAAGGUGUGCGCGUGGCUGCCAAGUCGACCGUCAAACAUGUGGAGCUCAGCGCUACACGAGUGCGGCAAAAGGCAACUUCAUCUGUCUCUGCAAGACCGGCGCCGGCUCUUGAAAGUCGCACCGGCACGCAGAUCCAACGCGGCAAGGAUCCGAAAGAGGAACCAAAGGCCAGACGUGCUCUCGCGGCAUUGCCGCACCGUGGGCCCUCUGAGCAGGCUGAGCGUUCUUCUCUGCGACAAUCGAACUCUGAUCCGGAUUACUCUCCCACAACGUCGCUCUCGCUGUCGCCUCCGAGAUACCGGCGCGCGCCCAACCUAUUCAUGUCGGCUUCACGCGAAACGAGCCCUGAUGCGGCGUCUGCUAGCUCGACCAAGUCGCAAUACUCUACCAUGUCAGAUCUUGGCGCUCAUGCGAGCGAUGCGAGGUCUCACUUCAGCCUCGGCGCUCCCUCGCAAAGCCUUGCGGAAUCGCAUUUGGGACUGUCGGAUGCUGCGGCUUGGAGCUGGGGUCGCAAGCGCAAAGCUCCUGCUGCCCCGAGUCCCGCGGUGUGGAACUGGGGACGCACACAGACGAAAUACAGGGAUGCUGGCACGCCAUCCGAUCUGCAUGCAGCCGUUGAAUCGCAAGUUCGGCGGGGAUGGCUGUUUAAGCGCGCACUGACCGAAGAGAUUGAACAAGGUGCCUCACACAUCACCCCAUCGUCGACGACGACUAGCUCCGCCACCUCGACACAUGUAUCGGGGCUUACUAACGUCAGCGCGUACAGCGAUUUGCGGCACCUGGUCAACGAUCCCUCAAGAAGACCCCCUGGCCCGAUCCCAUCGCGCGCCCCAAACGCCGUCCCGUGGGGUUCGGGCAACUGGCGCACGUUGGCACGCCAAAGAAGAGUGCUGCGAGAUAGAAAACAGGAGGCGUGGAUACCGUAUCUCUGCCCUCGACCACCCUGCCAUAUGAACAGAUAUGACCCUGAACGGUCGCUUGGUCGCUUCGAGUCGGAGACGUACGUCGCAGGUGCGACUACGGAACCUCGACCGCCUGGUCCGGUGCCAACCCGUGGGCCCAACAAGCUUCCUUGGGGAGAGGGCGGUAGCAACGCCUUGUCAACGCAGCGAAGAGAGCUAAUCCAACAGGGCAAAGCGUGCUGGAUACCGCAUCUCUGUCCUGUCCAAGCAAAAGGACGAAAAGGACUGCAAGGCGGCGCAAUGAUCACCCCCAAAAUUAGUGCGGAGCACAUUGCAGCAGCUACAGAGGGUCUGCAGCGCCCUUCAGGUCCCGUCCCGACACGAGGCUACAUGAAAGAUCCAUGGGGUGUCGGCACACAAAGAAGCUUGACGGACCAGCGUCACGAGCUUCGCACCAUGGGCAAGGCAGAGUGGAUUCCUUUCCUUUGUCCGGAUCGGGGCUGCAAGUACGCUGACAGACCCGUGGAUGGACAUUCCCUUCUGCAAGGUCUCGAUCCACCUGCUGCGCCGAAAAGACCCGAGGGACCUGAGCCAGUGAGAAAGGGAGGCAGAAACAAAUGGGGAGAAGGCGGUGAUCGUUCACUGACGACGCAGCGCGCAGAAUUGCGCGCAGCUGGCCAGGCCGACUGGAUUCCAUUCCUAGUUCCCAACAAGGAAAGGAAGCGCGAUUACAGUCAUGUACGGCCCAAGCUGGCUUUUGGGGAAGGUUCCGGUCCUGCAAAGACGUAUCAACGCAACACGCUUCGAGCUGCAGGCUUUGGCCAGGACGACGUCUUUUUGAUCGUACCUGGCAAUCAAAACAAAUCAUUCCCACAGGGCAAUAAGCGUCUCAAUGAGCCCGGUGCCUCCGAAGCGACCCACAGAAGAUGGAGUUGGCUUGAAGCGCAGAGCAUACAAAAGCAUGGUCUCGCUGAAGGAGCUCGGAGGAAGUUGUUUGCAUCCCAGUCUUCAAGCUUGACUGACCGACAAAAAGGUCGAGGGAAUGCAGAGGUCGCGGCUUCUGCGCCAACUCGCCCGCUUAGCAUACCGAACACUUUUGUUGCACAUGGUCCCGUAAAGCGACUGCGUUCAAGGCUGCACACCGUUCCAAGAUACAAGAAAUUGCCCGACGAGGAGAACAAUGGCAUGCAAUUGCCCGACGAGGAGAACAAUGGCAUGCAAGGCGCCUCGCGUAGGGACGACGCGCGUCCUGCAGACACGUCAAAGACGCCAACGGCUUCGAGCGAGGGACAGCCAGCCAAGAUCAGGUCGAUGACAUCUGUGUAUGCCGACCUGCUCAAGUCACCAUCUGACGCUGGCGAAGCUUCGCAAAAGAUGCUGAAGCGUCAAAGACUUGACGGUAGAGAUGUAGAGAUGUCGCUCGGGGACGAUGAUCUUUUGCCUCGCCAAACGAGCUCUGCUUUGCGCAGUCCAAGUGCUCGCUCUCUCCCCAUCACGAGAGACUUGCUAGCAGUGCGCGGACUAGCAGAGGAGCGGACAUUUGCUCCGAUACUAGAAGAAGAGGUGCAGACCAUUUUGGCUCAAGCGCCUCCAGGUGUUCGCCCCAGCAAGCUUUCCACACAACGACAAAAUGUCGGGGAAGCGCCGGCUGAUUUGCCCGGUGGCUCUGGCUCACUGCGCGGUCCAGAUCAGACGCAACUUGUGGAGCAGCAGGCCUCUGAUUCGGUUGAACAUGCACAUGCACAGCAGAGACUAGGCCACCCUUUUGAAGCGCUGCCGCUGACACCAGAAGAGCAGCGCCGACUGGACGAAGCCUUGGGCACGCGCGUCGUGCGCGGACGACAAUGGGGAGUAGGCGGAACGGCUACCUUAGCCAGGCAGCGCAGGUGGCUGCGUGCGCACGAUCUGGAGGACCUCAUCGUAAAGCUGUGUCCCGAUCAAAGAUGUUGGAACAAGAGACAGCCAUUGCCUUUGGGACAGGGCUCUUCGGCCACUUUGAGCAGGCAGAGGAAUAG